AUGGCCGGGAGCCGCCACUCUGACGCCACGGACCACCAGCACCGCCUGCUGGCCACCCUGGCGCGCCACGGCCGCUUCGCCGCCGCCGCGACCCUCUUCUGCACUGCCCACCGCACGACGGGCGCCCUCAACGCCCUCCUGGCCGCGCUCUGCUGCUGCUCCUCCCGGUCCCCGGUGCUCCUCCGCGCCGCCCCGGCCGUGCUCCUCCGCGCCGCGCCGCACGCGGCCCCGGACGCCGCCACGUUCCGCAUCCUCACCUCCGCGCUCUGCCGCGCCGGCCAGCCUUCCGCCGCCGCGGACGUCCUCCGCUGCAUGCCGCCGCUCCUCCUCGACCCGGACCCGCGCCACUGCCGCGCGGUCCUCGCCUCCCUCUGCCGCCGCGCCGCCCGGGACGCGCUCGCGUUCCUCGACGACAUGCGCCGGUGGGGCGUCCCGCCGGGCCGCCCCGACCACCGCGCCGUCGUCGGCGCGCUCCUGCGCGAGGGGAUGCACGCCGAGGCGUACGAGGUCGUGGCCAAGCGGAUGGACGGCGACGGCGUCGCCCCGGGCCUCCCGGAGUUCGAGCGUCUCCUCCGCGCGUUCCGCGACCGCGGACGGCUCGACGCCGUCGAGGAGGCGUUCGACGAAAUGCUCCUGCGCGGGAUCGUCCCCUGCGCGCGCGUCUACGGUGUCUACCUCGGCGCGCUCUGCGACGGGGGCGACGUGGCCGCCGCGCGCCGCAUGCUGGGGUGCAUGGAGCGCGCCGGGUGCCCGCCGGACGCCCCGACGUUCGGCGUCGUUGUCGCUGGGUGCGUGGCUGCUGGGGACGUGGACGCCGCGAGGGAGGUGGUGGAGGAGGCCGUCGGGCGGGGCCUGCGCUGGGACGCGCCGUCGCUGUCGGUGCUCGUCGCCGCGCUGCGUGCCGGCGGCCACCUCGCGCCGGCGCGUCCGCUGCUUCUGGACAUCCUGCGGGACGGCUGCUGCGCUGCCCCGGUUGAUGCGGCAGCGUUUGAACGGCUGGUUGGAGAAGGAGCGUCGUGCGACGGCGGCGAGGGUCUGGGCGCCGACGAGGCCGCCGGAGCGGUCGGCGAGACAGUACCACGCUGA